AUUUUUUUUGGAGGGUUCCCUCCAGGCUCCAAUUCCUCUUUAGUAAACUACUCUUUCCCAUAUCAGGUGCUGAGCCGCUGACGGCAUCUCUAACUGUUGUCAGAACGGGCCCCAUCGAGAAAUAGCGCAGCCCAGUUCCACCGAAAACCCUAGAAGUGAGCGCAGUCCUCCACACUCGCUGCCUGUUCGUUCGAGGCAAGCAGCGGCGGCGGCGCCCCUUUUUCAACUCAACAGCGGGCGCACGGCUCCCGCAUGCUAUUGCUGCCGCGGCGCCGCCCUGCUUCCACCCUCCGCCACCGCUACCGCUGAUAGAGCUAUAGGGCGACUCUCCCCACAACCUCCACCCAGCCACAAUGAAUUCGCCUCCGCCGCAACCCAGCCUCCUCUCGCUGAUCGACGACGCCAUCCGCGAGAUAUUGUUCCGCAUCCCGCCGGGUGACCCGGCGAGCCUUGUCCGCGCCUCCGCCGUCUGCACCACCCUGUUCGGUAUCAUCUCCGACCCCGCCUUCCUUCGCUCCUACCGGGCCUUUCACGGGACUCCCCCGAUAUUGGGCUACCUCCACAACAAAUCUCAGGAGAGCCACGAUGUCGCCCAAUUCGUCCCCACCGGACCCUUCUGCCCGCUCGUUUGCGAGCGCCGCGACUGGGACGCGGUCGACUCCCGCCAUGGCCGCGUCCUCUUCUACACGCCCGAGGAGAAGGAUACUGACUUCGUCGUUUGGGACCCCAUCACCGACAACCAGCGGGUGAUUUCCGCCGGCUCCGAGCUACUGGAGAUUCUUUGUGCUGGAGAGGAGGUAACCUGGAUGACCGCGGUGCUGUGCGCCAAGGACGGCUGCGACCACCUGGGCUGCCAUGACGGUCCCUUCCUCGUGGCCUUCGUCGGCUCCAACAUGGUAGAGAAGACCAUGUUCGCAUUCGUUUACUCAUCCGAGACUACUGAGUGGAGCGAGAUGGUCUCGGUUGAGAAUCCGAAUGUCGUCGUGACGUAUCCGUUUGGCAGCGUCAUGCAUCCCUACGCCAUUGAAGAGAGUGGGCACACUGCGGUUGUGGGAAAGAAAGUUUACUUCGCCGUCAAGUGGGGCUACUGGAGCAUGAGAAUGGUGAUGUACAAUGUAGGCGAGCAGGAACUUUCACUGAUUAAUUUGCAGGACCAGGCGCGCGGUAUACUCAUGGGAGAGGAAGACGGUGCACUGGUAUUUGCGGCCAUGGAGGAGACUAAACUCUCUGUGUGGUCAAUGGAGGCUGGUCCCAAUGGAGUUGUGGCGAGGGGGCAACGCAGGGCCAUCGAGCUUGAAAAGAUUCUCCCUCCUCCUGCCCUCUCGUGGAUGGUAGGCAAUCCCUUCUUGGAUGGCAGAUGCACACCGGUUGGUUUCGCGAAAGGUGCCGGUGUCAUCUUCCUAAAUACAGAAGAUGGGUUGUUUACAGUUGAGGUCUGCUCUGGCCGAACCAAGAAAAUAAACGGAAAGACCUUCGAGCCAGUCAUUCCCUAUAUGAGCUUCUACACUCGAGAGCAUGCUGCCACUGCAAUCAAAAUCAUACAAGUGAACCGGCCGCCAGUUUGAAUGAGCAGAUGAAUCAUGGAGUUGCAUGGAUAAUGGCCAAGUUUCUGUGGAGAAAUGCUGGAGCGUUUUGAGAGUAUGAUUGAAGUAUUGAACUUUCGACUUGGUUUCAGAGAACAAUAACUUUCUGGUCGGUUUGUUGGUUUCAGAGGAACGACAGCUUUCUAUUCAAGUAUUCAGUUAGUCUAGUGUGACCAUAUAAUUCUAAGGUUGUUAUGCCGUGUGACCAACUGUUUGCAUUGUGUUUGUUACUGAGAUUUGUCAAUUUGUGUUGUGACAACUGCAUGCUCUUGGCAACGCAACAGUAUGAAUGAAUAUGUAAACUUUGAUGUAAUUUGUGCAUUAGACCGUGGCUGGAGAAUUUCGGAAAGCCAAGUCUAUUGAUUUUGCCUCUGCA